AUGAAGGAGAUACUACUUCUGGCCUUGAUGGGCUCCUCCACGGCCGUUGGAUACCCUUGGCACUACCAUGACGGUAGAAUCGUCGUGCGUGAGAUAGUGUCGGAUAUAUUUGGCUCUGCUUCAACCUCUCCUCUUCCUCCUCCGCCCUACAACACCAACAUCAACACCUCACGUACGACAACAGCAGACCCUCUGAGCCCGUCAUCAUGGCUCCCGGACCUUGGUUCGUGUCACUGUCCCAUCACCUAUGUGCCAAUGCUACCGGUAGAGUGUACCGGGGAGCUGUUCUAUGCCACAAGACCCCCAGAGAUCGUGUAUACCACCAUCACGGAAGUACAUACCAUGAAGCCCGUUGGCACCGCGCCCAUGGGGCCUCCUACUCUCAUCACGCCUCCUCCACCUUGUUCGACCUUCAGCUGCCCGCCCAGCCGCUGUAAGAUGGGCCUUGUCCCUUCCCUGGCUCCCCUAAUAUCGACCGUUAGUGUCACCAAGAAGACCACCAUCCUAGGCAUCCCUUCCCCCGAGCCACCGCCCUCCUUUAAGGAGACCGGUUCAGACAGCGCGGCUGGCCAGAACGUUCCCCCGACGGAUUCGCCAACCAGCGGUUCGGGUAGUUCUCAGCCGUCUGGUAAGUCCCAGCAGUCGGAAGGGAGCUCUCCGGACAACUCUCACGGCGGUCUUCACGGCGGUACUACCACUCCUAUUACUCAAGCUGGCCAGGGAACUAGCCAGGCAGCCUCCGAGAGCAGCUCCCAAAGCGGUCGGGAAGGCAGUCAAGGAGGUUCCCAGGGCGGCCCCCAGUCAACUAACUCUUCUGGAGGCCCCCAGUCGUCUGGUAGUUCUAUGGUAGAUCCAGGACCUAUAACCUCGGGGUCGGACCCUUCCCAUCCAAUCCCCACCCGGACCAUGUUCGACCUGGGUGGCGUCCCCAUCACCAUACAAGAGACUGGCUCCAUCACUCUUGGAAACGGCCCGUCACGCACCACCAUCACCAGCAAUACUAUGCCUACCACCUUCGCUGUGGACGGCCACACAUUUACCGUAAACCCAUCAGAGGUGAUCUAUCUUGAUACCACCUUCCGCCUAGGUGCAGAUCCUACCAUUUCUCCGCCGCUGAUAUCAGGGACCCCGAACCCAACCGACGGGGGAGAUGACGAGGGUAUCCGAACUGACAGUGCGGGCAACACCAUCUCCCCGAGACCAACAGUCUCCCAAGGCGGCUCCUCAUCCAGCCAUAGUCUUGCUGUACGGACAACUGGUGAUAUAAACUUUACACUUAUCAUUGGUAUAAUUAUAGCGGUUAUUUUUGGCAGGCUUGUGGGAUUAUUGUAA